AUGUUGGCAGGUUGUUCAAGCUCUUCAUUGUUGUCACCGACUCGAAGAUUAAGGAGCGAAGCAGUAGCAGCAGCAACAACAGGAGCCGUAGCAGCACACUUUCCCAUGAACACACAGAGACUGGACUUACCAUGCGGUAGUAGCUUCACUCGCAAGGAAACUCCAUCGAGUCGACCACUCGGAAGAAGCAUCUCACUCGACAACAACAACACCAACAAACCAAUCGAGCGAAGCAAGACCAAGACCGGUGCUUGCUCGCUUAAGCAGAACCUAAAGCUUCCACCUUUGGCAACAACCAGAGGAAACGCAGAAGGGUUCUCAUGGAACAACGACAGAGGGAAGAAGGGUCUCAAGAGAUUGGCAGCGGAGAAGGACGACGAGGAAGACGAGUCUUGUUUGAGCAGAGUGAAGAGGCAAAGAAGCGGUUUGGAAACCGGAGAUGACCACAACAGAGGAUUCUGGUUUGAGCAUUUCACAACGCAGAAUCCAUCUCCAGCGUUACCGUUUUCUUUGACUUGCUCAACUGAUGAUGAUGAUGAGGAGGAAAAGGUUUGCUUUGCUCCUAGUGAAGUCAUCUCUCAGCCGUUACCGACUAAUCCAAACUGGGUUCACUCGGUUAUCAUCACCGAGUUAGCCGGUUUAGGCGAUAAGGACAUUGGUCCUGCAGCGGUUAAAGAAGCUUCAGGAUCAUCCACAAGCGCAUCAUCAGAGACUCAUAGCUUAAGCCACAGAGUAACAACAGUAGCAGAGCCUACAAAUGGUUCUUCAAGAAACCCCUAUUCACAACACAGAGGCAACACAGAGGAAAGAGCAAUCGAAAACAACAACAAUCACAGGAACGAUCUGCAGAGAGAUUUCGAGCUUGUGAAUCUGCUUACCGGAUGCUUAGAAGCGAUCAGAGCAAGAAACAUAGCUGCGAUCAACCACAUCGUCGCGAGAACCGGCGAUCUCGCAUCUCCGAGAGGAAGAACACCGAUGACUCGACUCGUAUCUUACUACAUCGAAGCGUUGGCGUUACGAGUCGCUCGCAUGUGGCCUCACGUCUUCCACAUCGCGCCUCCGCGCGAGUUCGAGAGAACGGUGGAAGACGAAUCGGGAAACGCGUUGCGGUUCUUGAACCAGGUGACUCCGAUUCCGAAAUUCAUCCAUUUCACGGCCAACGAGAUGCUGCUGAGAGCGUUCGAAGGGAAAGAGAGAGUGCACAUAAUCGAUUUCGACAUCAAGCAAGGCCUUCAAUGGCCAAGCUUCUUCCAGAGCUUAGCUUCCAGAUCCAAUCCACCGACGCACGUACGGAUCACCGGAAUCGGAGAAUCGAAAUUGGAGCUCAACGAGACCGGAGAUCGGCUCCACGGAUUCGCGGAGGCGAUGAAUCUCCAAUUCGAGUUUCAUCCCGUCGUCGAUCGGAUCGAGGACGUGAGGCUGUGGAUGCUCCACGUCAAGGAAGGAGAAGCGGUCGCUGUGAACUGCGUUUUGCAGAUGCACAAGACGCUCUACGACGGGACCGGAGCUGCGAUUAGGGAUUUCGUUGGGUUGAUCAGAAGCACGAACCCGAUCGCGCUCGUGCUCGCGGAGCAGGAGGCCGAUCACAGCUCGCCGCAGCUCGAGACGCGGGUUUGUAACUCGCUCAGGUACUAUUCGGCGAUUUUCGACGCGAUUCACACGAAUCUCGCGACGGAUAGUUUGAUUAGAGUCAAAAUUGAGGAGAUGCUGUUUGGGAGAGAGAUUAGGAACAUUGUGGCGUGCGAAGGGAUUCAUCGGCAGGAGAGGCAUAUGGGGUUUCGACAUUGGAGGAGGAUGCUGGAGCAAUUAGGGUUUCGGAGCUUGGGAGUCUCGGAGAGAGAGGUUUUGCAGAGCAAAAUGCUGCUUAGGAUGUACGGAUCUGGGAACGAGGGGUUCUUCAAUGUCGAGAGGAGCGGUGAAAACGACGGCGGUGGAGUUACGUUACGGUGGUCGGAGCAGCCGCUUUACACGGUCUCGGCUUGGACUAUCGGAGGGAGUUCUUCGUCUUUUACUCAACGUAUUUAA